AUGGAUGCCAAAUCCCUCGGCUCGCGCCCACUGUUAGGGCGUCGGAUGCUGUCACGGCGUGAAAAGGCCGUACGUUGGAUGGCCGCUGGAUGCGCGGCUGGAAUGUUAUUCUUAUCUACCAGCAAAUUUUUUUCUGUGGAAAAUUAUGCUGCGCCGGCACCGGUAUCAACGGCGGGAUUCAGUUGGGACCGGCUGGAGCCCUCGACGUCUUUGGAAUACAGCGACUGUGGUGGCGGUUUUGAAUGUGCUCGAUUAGAGGUGCCGAUGGACUACAACAAGACCGACGGGCGAGCGCGUAAGGUUGUCCUUGCAAUUGUCCGUCUUCCUGCCAAGGUGUCCAUCGGUGACCCUCGCUAUGGUGGCGCGGUUCUGAUUAAUCCAGGAACAGAACAGGCAUUCUUGUCCGGUCACAAUCUCCAAUCCAUCGUAGAUGCAGAGGGCGAUCCUGUCAAUGACCAAAUUAAAUAUGAAGACCAAUAUUUCGAUAUAAUUGGCUUCGAUCCCCGUGGUGUAGGAGAAACCACGCCCGCAGUGACAUGCUUUCCAGACCCCGUGUCUCAACGGAAUUGGGAGUUGCAGGUCGAAGCAGAGGGCAUGCUGGGUAGCUCGCCGAGCUCACUGCCUAGGAAUUGGCAACGGAUGAAGGCGCUUAACACGGGAUGCUCCAUGCUGGAGAUGACAGCACACCCGGAAGGUGACUCAAUGAUGAGCUAUGUCAGUACCCCCUUGGUGGCGCGAGAUAUGAUCACUAUCGUUGAAAAGCACGGCGAAUGGCGUGCGAAGCAAGGGCGAGAUGAGCAGCGACGUCAUGACAAGACCCACGGUUUUGACGCUCAACGUGCAAUUGUGAAGCGCACUGAAUGGCGUCAAGGCCAGGAACAGUUAUUGUACUGGGGUCGAUCGUACGGCACCGUUCUUGGAACCACUUUUGCCGCUCUUUUUCCUGACCGCGUCGCCCGGGCUGUGCUUGACGGUGUUGUUAAUAUGGACAAGUACUACGAGGGACGAGGCCCGAAUGCUGUCAUAGAUGCAGAUGCUAUCUUCGAUCGAUUUGGCGAUUACUGUGACUUCGUCGGGCCAGUUGGCUGUCCACUGUACACCGAGGGAGGGCCCGAAGCCAUCAAGAGGGCAUAUUGGAAAUUGGAGGAGGAGCUGUAUGAGAUGCCGAUACCGGUCAUUGCUACGGCCAACCGAGGACCUGAAGUCAUAACCUGGACCGACAUGAAAGCCGUGCUCCGUAUUGCUGUCUAUCAGCCACUUCUUGCAUUUCGUAUCCUGGCUGAGAAGACGGCCGCUUUAACGCGAGGAAAUCCACUUCCGAUGGCGGAUUUCAAACAUCGAGGUCACUUUAGCGCGUGUCCCUCGGGGGCCUGCAGCAUCGCUGGACCUUGGUCCCCUGCAUGCACGCGUGGCCAGGAUAACGGCUUAUACUCCAGCUCUGCUAUUCUGUGCACCGAUGCCGAGUUUUUGACGAACCACACUAUGGAGACAUUCCAGGAAGUCUGGGACGGCAUCAAAAAUGACAGUCUUGUGCUGGGGGAUUACUGGGCCCAACUUCAACUUGGCUGUGUGGGAUGGCAAGCGAAAGCCAAGUAUAAAUUUACCGGCGACACUCCUACGGCUGGCACCCUCUGCCAGGCCGAUAUGAAGCCCUUGGUGGGACAGCCCAGCCAGCGUGAAAUCAGUCAAAGCCGGAGUCCUGCUGACCAGCGCUUACUCGAGGUUUUGAUCGCGGAAAGCGAACAAGGAUAUUUCCCUCCGAUCUAG